AGGAAUACAGCAGGCCAGGCAGCAUCAGAGGAACGGGAAAGUUGGCGUGCCUUCAGUAGACGUUAUCUGAAGGGAACACCCACCUCUUGGCUGAUUCCAAGAACUCUACUCUUGCACUACGAGCUGAACACUUGCUCUCACUCGCGCUGGGACUGAGGGAGCAGGGAGGGCAGCUUUGCAGGUUGGGAUGGCGAGUGCGAACGACUUCGAGAAGAUGAGGUCUCAAGUGUCCUGCUUCUGCUGCGGGGACUUCUACCGGGACCCCGUGACGUUGCAGUGCGGCCACAACUUCUGCCGGGCGUGCGUGGCGAAGCGGUGGGAGGCGGCGGGCGGAGCGGCCAGCUGCCCCCGGUGCAGGGAGACUCUCCCCGAGGGCGCCCAGCUCCGCACCAACCGCUUGCUCCACAGCCUGGUCGAAAGCAUCCAGGAGCUGAGCGUCACCCUGAGCCAGAGAGGCGGCCGCUGCCGCAGCCACGACGAGACGGUCGACAUGUUCUGCCAGGACGACCACAGAGCGAUGUGCGUGGUCUGCAGCGCGUCCCGCGAUCACAACGGUCACACCGUCGUACCGCUGAAGGAGGCGGCCGGGAAAUGUGAGGAGAAACUGAGAGCACUGAAGGUAUCCCUUGAAUCGAAACUAAAAGAGUAUUCCAAAAGUCAGGAUGAAGACAAAGCAGAUCAGGUGAAGCUAAAGAGACAAAUCAGUGAUCUGCGGGAAGACAUCCAGGCAGUGUUUACCAAAUUGCAUGGCUUUCUGAUAGAUGAAGAACGGAGAUUCAUGAUGAAGCUGAAAGAGAAGGAGAAGCUUAUUGUACAAUUAGAGGACAAUAUGAAGAAAAAUUCUGAGGAAAGUGCAGAAAUUAGAAAAUUCAUAACAGACAUCCAAGAAGCGCUGCAUCUGCAAGAGGAGGAAUUACUUCAGACUGCUAAAUACAUCAUCCCCAGGUCUCACAAUAACUUCAAGAAGCCCACCAAAGUUUCUGUUGACCUGAACCUGGACGAGCUCAUUGGACCAGUGCAGUAUAUCACAUGGAGACGGUUGCUGCGGACCAUCAAUCCAGCCCCCGAGUUUGUGACCCUGGACCCAAUGACGGCACACCCACACCUCAAGGUUUCCGACGACCUGAGCCAUGUGAGGCGUAGCGAGACAGCGCAGGCAGUUCCUUACAACCUGAAGAGAUUUAGCAACCGGCAUUGUGUGCUGGGAUCCAAGGGGUUCACCAGUGGACGCCACUACUGGGAGGUGGACGUGGGGAGCUGCACCUUCUGGGUUUUGGGCGUGGCGAGCGAAUCCAUCUCGAGGUGCGGAAACCUGCCCCUGGCACCCGAGGCAGGAGUGUGGGCCAUCGAGCUGAGGUGGCAGGACGGGUACAAAGCCCUCAGCUCGCCCCCUGCCUGCCUCGCCCGCAACGCCAGACCCAAGAGGCUGGGAAUCUACCUGGACUACGAGGGGGGCUGGGUGGUAUUUUACGAUGCGGCAGAUAUGUCCCAUCUCUACACCUUCAGUGACACCUUCAGGGAGAAGCUCUACCCUUACUUCAGCACCAGCUGCAAAGCUGACUCGCUGAGAGUCAUCUCCUUACAGAUGUGAGAGGCGUUGAAAUAGGGGCAGCCUUCCACUUCUUUGUCACAUAGAUGGAGGCAGGAUUCAAGCAGGUUCCGACUAUCACCUCCAUUUAGCUGCUCCUUAUGACAAUUGAGAUUGCGAUGGAAAUCCCUGGAAGUGAGAGGCAGACAGGGGAAUGUUCCAUUUGACAUUGACUAACCUCCACGCCAAGCGGCCAAAACGUUUCCGUCGCACAAUCUGAAAUUUCUUGGAAUUUGAAAAUCUUGGAAUUUCUGACGGACUCCCUCGAACUAACCUUCCACGGAAGGUCGGGAAGGUGACUGGAGAUAAACCUUGCCACGAUCCUGCACGAUGGCUCUUUCCAUUCCCGCCAUGAGGGUUUUUGGAUUUGGUUUUCAUCCUGGGAUAGAAUGCAAGUUUCUAAUCAGUUUUAUCACCUUCCAUCCCAACCCCUACCAAGUCUGUCACUCCUCUGCAUUGAGAAACUCAAAUCCAAUGUGGCAAGGUGAAGGGGCGAUGGCCAGAUGACUACAUUCAUCCUGUCUGGCGCCCCCCCCACCCACCCCAAGAACAAUUUCACCCACUCGAGGGUACCUUCAGAGACCUUCCCAGAUGCCAAUGGCACCCAGGGCAGUGCCAGAAAGCAGGCAAUAGUGACUCUGCAAUUCACUUGGUAACCUGCCUGCUGAAGGCCUGGCUGGCUUAUGUGAUGAAGGAGAAAAUUACCCCAGGUUAAUCCAAGUGUUUCUCCACGCCUCACUGAGAAAUUGCGAUUGGUUACCAAUUCACCAAUUGUUGAUCCCAUCACGGAAACAUCCCUUUUGUUUCAAUCUCCAUUGAUCAUUGACAUAUUUGUGACUAGAAAAUUUGGAAGCUUGUAGGGAAAGAUCAGGGGAGCAGGACAAUUUUGAUAGCACUUACAAAGAGCUGGCAUAGAUGUGAUGGGCUGAAGGGCCAUUUUCUGUUCUAUGGUGUGAUCGAACACACUGUUGCUGACAUACAAGGGGAAUAAUUGCAGAGAAGCAGGAGAGUAGCGGGUCUGUUUGAUGGCUCUUUUAAAAGACUCAUUCAGACAAGAUGGAGCAAUUGGCUUCUUUUAGUGCUGUAUGAAUCUAAAAUAAUCAUGCAUGAUAUUUAAGGGAUAAUGUUUAUUUGAUUGUAAUUUCAAAUGCAGUGAUU